UGUUGUGAUAGUAAGUGUUAUUUUUGGGGGUAUACCCCAGGUUGGUCUUUAACUGAAUAAGUCUUGAUAGCAGUUGCCGGCAAAACCACACACCGUUUGUCAUUCGUGUGUACUUUAGGGCAACCCACCCACAUUUACCUACCAGAACCAUAGAGACUGGCUUUCAAUGAAAAGCUUUUGUGUUAUGGCUUUCACUCAAAGCUUUAACGGUACACUCAGUUGCCUCGCGUCGGUUGUUUGGCCAAGUUCGUUUGCUGGAAAUAAACGGAUCGGCAAAAACUUUGAAAAUUUGUUGUGCGUGUGUGUGUGUCUGUUUGGGUGUGUGGGAGACAAACAAAUAGCAAAAACGCAAACGCAAAAUCAUAGAGCAAGAAUCUCGUCGUGCAAACGGGGGUGGCGACAAUAAUCCUGCCUACUUCCUGUAACCACCCCCCUCACGUUUACGUAUGCAGACCGUUAACUGCGCCAUUCACAAUUCGCCACACAUCUUGACGCAAAACAGCAACAACAGCAACAAUAAUAACAGCAGCAAGAACAACAAACGCAAGUUCAACAAGGAUAAUUGUUUCGGGAAUUAUAUAAACACAUGUGCAUUCGAAGUGGGCGUGGUUAAGCCGAUGUAAUGUACGUUUGUCAUUUUACGCCGAUGUUCAUCAUUCAUCAUUUAUCAUCAUUAUUAUGUUCAUCAUUAACAAAAAUAGCAGCAACAAAAACCAUAACCCAAGCACUAUGUCAAAAUCGACGUCAAUGGAGGCAGCUGAAGCAGCAGCUUUAGGAUCUAUCAAUUCGGAGACGGAUCAUAUAAUAACCAUAAGCACUGCCAGCCUAACAGAGCCAAGCAUUAUCAACGAGCCCUUGAAGCAGUCCACCACCACAACUUACCUGACUGCUCCGCACAUCACUCCUCUGUCUCAAUCUGCUCCUCACAACAGUCAGUUUCCAACAUCAUCCAGACGACACAAGCUAAGCUCCCUUUGUCGUUUCUCUCAAUUAGUUAGCUAUCAAAACAACAUAGCUGAUGUCCAACACCGACGUGGACGACGUCUUCAUGGCCUACAGCUACCACUCCAUCCGUUGCAACUGUUCGGCUGGCUGGUUUUAAUACUCUUUGGCUUGGCGAGUUAUUGGGUGUUGAUACCAGCAUUUCAUGCCCCACUUCAGGGUCCGCUGUAUGGUUUAAUUACUGGGCUCUAUUUGGUGCACAUAGCCUCACAUUUGACAGCCCUUUUAACCGAUCCCGCGGAUAAAGAAUUGAGGCGUGUGCAUCGAAACGAUCGCAUUGUACCCGAAUUUGAUCGGGCCAAACACAAUCACGUCAUUGAGAACGGUCGUUGUCAUUUGUGCAAUAUAAAAACGUCAUCUCCGCGAACCAAACACUGUUCCGUGUGCAACAAGUGCGUAGGAAAAUUCGAUCAUCAUUGCAAGUGGCUUAAUCAUUGUAUUGGCUCUAGGAACUAUGUGGCAUUUCUAAUGUGUGUGGUGAGCGCAGUGGUGGCCACUCUGGUCAUUGUGGGGGCGGUGGUUGCUCAGAUAGUUUUUUACUACGUCCAACCAGAUUGGUUGAGCUUCUAUUGGUGCACCGCAACAAAUGGAGCCCAGCAUGGAGUUGACUCUGGUGGACAGUUGGAUUCAGCCGACUAUAUUAAUCUUACUUUGAGUCUAACCAAUGGUACAAUGAUGCUUCUAGAACAGCCAAUAGAUGAACUCUCAACGGAAUCAGAGCAAUUAGAUAAUUCGACCACUGGCUUAAUUACUAUUUCAUCAUCACCACUUCCGACGAUGCUGGAGAACUUUACCGCACUGAUAGAAGCCACAUCGGCCAGUUUUCCAUCGUUUGGCAAUAGCGAAAGUAAUCAAACGACUCCAUCGACGCCUGUGGUAGCUGGUAUUGGAGUUAACGAAACUAUAUUUCUCCUGCUUUUGGGCGUAUUGGGAUUACUGGCUGCCAUUAGUGCCGGCCUAUUGUUGCAUCUGUGUUUCUUUCACAUCUACAUAUCUUUCUUGGGCCUGACAACUUAUGAGUAUAUACGAAACCAUCGCCAAGCCCAAGAAGCGAAGGCCAAACAAUUGAUUGACCAGGGGACAUCAGCAAAAAAUGGUUCAGUACAUUUCUCGCCGUCAAUACCCGACCAUCAAGAGAAUAACAAACCGUCCAAAAGUGGUUCCACAAGUGGACAACAGCUAUAUUGUUGCUCCAAAAGCUACCAUCCCAAUCAACAGCAUCCACAGGUAUCAGAUAUCUAUCAAUCUGACCAAUCAUUGCGUUUGCACUGCUGUUCUAGCUCUCGAGAAUUUCAUCAGGGGCGUCAGGCCAUCUAUGUAUGCUCUCUUCUUGAAGAACGAAGUGUCGCCCAAGUGCAAUUGGAACAGCCAGACAACUUAAGUGCAGGUGGAGUAGAAAAUUUCCAUUGCUGCUCCAGUUUUGCUGCAAGUUCAUUACAACGUCGGGUCAGUUUGGCCAAGGGAUCUCUAUAUACAGGCGAGGCAAGACCCCAACGUCCAGCUACGUAUCUACAAUAUACGGAACAGUGCAGCUUGUGCACUUUUCGCCUUAAAAGCCCGCUCCGGUCUAGUCAAGAUAACUUGGGCAAUGGCCAUAGUAGUGGAAGUGCUGUGGGCAGCAAUAGUACUCGAACCGUAGCUAGUCAAGGUGUUGGCUCUUCAUCAUCAGCCGCAGCUGGCAAUAUAUCCAAACAUCAGCGUUGGCGAAGGAAAUGGAACUGUUGUGCCAAUGUUCCUGAUAGUCCAGAUGUGCCCAAUGAUCUUUUGGCAGCUUUGUCUUUUCAAGAGAAUGCCGAAGCGAGUACCAAAUUGAAUGCCCAAGAGUUACCAGUCCAAUUUAUACGUACACUGAAUGGUCGCCAAGCCGAUGUCGAGCUAAAAGAUAAUGCGACAGCAACAACGACAACUCCGCCACGUAGUUCUCGUUUACGUCACAUGUUGCGCCUGCUCGGUCGUUACAGAAGACCACGUUGCCGUCAUCAUGGCAAUGGGAACGGUCAUCAUCAUCACGGUGUGGCGGCUGGCAAAGAUAUGAGCCAUCAUAUAGGCAGCAUUAAACAAAACCAGAUACGUCCAUUGCAAAUACAGGCAGCAGGCAGAGGGUACGCCUCUUCGACGUGCACACCUCCAGCAACCAGUUCCCCGAGUCGCAGUUCUUCAGAGAGCAGUGAGCUGAGCACUAGUGAAUCAUCUGGCAAGGAAGUGAUGCUUCUGCCCACAUCUGUCAUACGUGAUGAUUGUGUGACAACUUACACUCUUACCCUGCCACCGGCAUUGCCACCACCCACACGACGCAAAAUGCCGCAGGCCACUCAGGAAUUGGCUGAACUAGCUGAAACAUUGGGUUUCGCUACCAACAGCCAACAGCAAUCGCAGCAGUGCAACAGCCGUCAUUUGCCGUCUUUGGGCAAUGUCUAUCGACGCCAACGUCGGAAACAUUUCCUGCGCACUCGCUCUCCAACAUUAUCGCCCAUCCAUGAGUCGGGUCUGUCCAAUCCUACGUCGCCACAACCGUUGCGACAUAAUGCCAACUCUAAUUACAACUCCAAUCCGGCCAAUUGUUCGCCUCUUGUCAUGCGUUCAUCAUUAUCACCAUCCUCGUCAUCCGUCCUAGUGCAAAACCUUUGCAGUUUAGCCGGCGAAACGCUGAGGAAAACCUCGUCAAAUAGCUCCCUGCAGAGUAUAAGCUCCAACUCCAGCAGUACAUAG